AUGUGCUUGAAACAGUGUUCGAUAGUCUUUGUGGUAUGUUGCUUGCUAAGUGCCGUGACCGCCACGCCGCUGCCCCAUCACCGGGAUACCUCCAUUGCGGACAAGAUGACGUGGUCCUGCGUGAAUAACGCCUCGUGCAUAGACGGGGCGGCGAAGCAGGUCACGGAGAGGCUGAGUCGCAAGGAGUCCGUGGACUUUGGGGUGUUCAAGGUGGUGCCGCUGGAGCGGAAGGCUGUCGUCGAGGGGCGCUCCUCGAACUUCCUCAACUUCCUCAGUGGCAACGCUGUGAGGAUUCCUCUGGGGCCGGUGGUGUUCAGCAUUCAGCAAUCAGAGGACCACAGUGGCUACCUGGAGGUGUCCCUGCUCAGGAAGGGACGUCAUCACAAACACCGGCCCAUGCGACUGUUCAUCCCGUCCUUCUUGGCCUUCAAUGCUGUCGGCUGGAUGAUGCUCGCCAUCACAAGUGUCGCUCUGCUGACAUUCAAGGCGUUUGCGCUGUCCAAGAUUGCCUUCCUGGUUGCCGCAGCAAUGACAUUCAGAAGGGUCAUGGGACACGGUGGCAUGGAGCAUCCGGAAUAUCUGCCCUACAACGGCUAUGAGCUGGACUCACCAUUGAGCGGCGCUGUGGCAUCAGGAAGCGAGUUCCUUCCCUAUCACAUAAGCCCUGAUCUGCAGGCCUUCCAGCAGCAGCAGCAGCAACAGAACCCCCUCGCGGCCGAGAGCAAUAUCGUGGCCGCCGUUGAGGCCGCCAACAACGCCACGUCGCCACUCGUGCCCCAAAUUGGGAGCGGCCUUGCCAAGAUAAAACGACAAGACCUCUCAGACAAAUUCCUCAACCUUCAAUUCUCCUGA